AUGGACGACAUCAUAUCAAACUUAGCAGAGAAUAUUGAACUAACGAUGACACUUACGAAAGUAGCAAUCACUAGAGUGAACAGAGAAGCGUUGAGUAAAUUAUCUAUGGAAAUCAAAGAAUUUUCACUCACUGAGAAGUAUGAAACUAAACAGGAAAAAUUAACAUUGUUGAAUUAUACUAAAUUACCUCUAUAUUUUAUUGUAAUAAUUGCCUCUUCAAUGUUACUGGCCGAAUCAUUGUAUUAUAUGAAUGGAAUUAGCAAUGGAAUUCAUAUUGCAAAGCAAAACAAUUCCAUGGGUUAUAAGUUGCCGUAUAGAACAUUAGAAAUCAUGGAAUUGAAGGACUACAGGAUUUACGCUUUGUUUUGUGCUUAUCAACUAAUGUUCAUACCUUCUAUCGUAUUAGGUUACGUAGGAUUCGAUUGCAUGUUCGUCAAUUUGUCCAUUCAAGUAAUUACACAGUUCGGCAUAUUGUCCUAUAAGGUGAAAAGGAUAUUAACUAGAUCUAAAAAUUAUCAUGAGGGUAUGAAGGAACUUAUACUACGACAUUAUCGAUUGAUAAGAUUGACGGAAGAACUGGAAAGUAACUUUAAUUACCCGAUUAUGCAGCAACUGAUGGGUUCCACCGUACAUAUCUGCAUUGCCGGUUUCUAUGUUCUGACGAGUAAUGUAAUGGAAGAUACUGUACAAUUCAUCUUAUUUAUUGCUUAUUUCUUUUCUGUGAUAAGCACACUUUUUAUUUACUGUUUCAUCGGUGAAUGUUUUAUUCAGGAAAGUAUGAAUUUUGAUAAAGCUAUUUACAAUUACGAAUGGUAUAACCUAUCGCCAACGGAAGCAAAAUUUUUCCUUAUUUGUAUGAUACGAACGCAAAAACCGCAAUGUCUAACGUCUGGCAAAUUUACCAUCUUGUCCUUGACCAUCUUCACAGACAUUCUCAAAACUUCGAUGGGAUAUUUGUCGGUACUGCGAACAUUUGUGUGAAUACAACAAAAGUUAAAUGGAUUACGUAGUAACAAAUUCUUCUAUUUGUUUCUUGAGUCAUCUUCCUUCAUAGGAAGAUAAACGGUUUGUCUAUACAUCGUUGACUUGUACUAGUGUUAUAGAUUAUAUAAAUAUAAGUUUAAGAAGA